GCAGAUCGUACCAUGUUUUCCUGUCGUAGAUUCUGUAGAAGAGCUGGGGUCACAGGCUGAUGGGACCAUCCAUCACAGCGACCGUGUGUGCGGUGUCGGGGCUCCAUGGCACUCGUGCGUCAGGGAAGUUCACCAUUCGUGCCCGGAGUGAAAGGGAAAGAAGACGACACGUUACCCUCUCACCUGUCCUGUGCCUGGGGAACGUCACCAUCCAGCGGGUUCCUGGUCCGCGUCUUCCGCCCUGACGUCAUCGAGGGACUCCCCAGUGCUCCUCCUCCCAGGGUUUCAAUGACCUGCGGAGUAGAGGUCCUGGACGUCACCCCGCCGCACCAGGGCUGGGAAUGGAGUGAGAAAGCAAUGGGGGUUUCCACGUUGGGGGUCAGAUUUCCUGAACGCAGGAGACACAGACCAGGAGGAAAGAGCGGGGUGACACUUCCAUGUACAUGCGCAGAUGUAGGUAUAGACAGACUCACAGAAGAGGAAGGGGUGUCCAGAGCAGCAAAAUUGAGCUUCCGAUAGGAAACACCUAAAGGAACCACACCUGUAUUGAUCCAUCCAUAAGUCGGCCAACAGACUCUAACACCAUCCAGGAGGAUGUGAGUAUGUCGGUAGGUAUAACUGGUACAUGGAGGCAGCGCCGCGCUGGGAUGUUGUGAGCCCGGAGCAGGGGGAUCCGGGCCCGGCCGCGCUCCGACCGCAGCGGGGGGAGCGGGCGCCGCCAGCAUGGACUGGGGCACCGAGCUGUGGGACCAGUUUGACAAUGUAGAGCGUCACACCCAGUGGGGGCUGGAUCUGAUGGAGAAGUACGUGAAGUUUGUGAAGGAGCGGACAGAGAUCGAGCAGGCCUACGCCAAGCAGCUCAGGAAUCUGGUGAAAAAGUAUCUUCCGAAACAGAACACAAGAGAAGAUCCAGAAUCCAAGUUCUGCCAGUACCAGGCCUUCCUGCAGGUGGUGAAGGAGCUCAAUGACUUUGCCGGGCAGAGGGAGGUGGUGGCGGAGAACCUGAUGACGCAGAUCUGUGUGAAGCUCUCUAAGCAUGCCCAGGAGCUCAAGCAGGAGAGGAAAUUGCACUUCCAUAAGGGCCGGCGAGCCCAGCAGCAUCUAGAAAACUCCUUCAAGCAACUGGAAAACAGCAAGCGCAAGUUCAAGCAGGACUGCAGGGAGGCGGAGAAAGCCAUGCUGGUGGCCGAGAAGCUCGACCAAGACCUCAAUGCCACCAAGGCAGACGUGGAGAAGGCGAAGCAGCAGGCCAAUCUGCUCAGUCACUUGGCGGAGGAGAGCAAGAACGAAUACGCCUCCUUCCUGCAGAAAUUCAACCAGGACCAGAGCCAGUUCUACUUUCUGGAGAUGCCGCAGAUCUUCAACAAUCUGCAGGAGAUGGACGAAAGGCGGACGGUGCGGCUGAAGGAAGGCUACGGCAUCUUCUCCGAGACUGAGCGGCAGGUCAUGCCUAUCAUUGGCAAGUGCCUAGACGGCAUGAAGGCAGCAGCUGACUCAGUGAACAAGAAGAACGACUCCCAGGUGCUGAUCGAGUUACACAAGUCUGGCUUCGAGAGGCCGGGAGACGUGGACUUCGAAGACUUCAGCCAGCCUAUCAACCGCACCUCUUCGUACAGGAGCCUGGGGACGCCCCGGGGCACCCUGGAUGGCCGGCUGGACCCCCGCCUGCUGGGCAAGAACAAAGGCAAGCGCUGGCUCUUCAGCAAGAAGAAUAAGCUCCCGCCCCCUCCCCUCUCCCCAGUGAUCUCUGCCCCGCUUCCUUCCUCCUCGUCUGCCACCAACGGACCUCCAUCCCCCAAAUUCACCCGGGACCCUCUCUCUUACUGUCUGAAUGAGAUCAAUAAGACAGUCAAACCCCACAUCGCCUCCUUCCGCCACCUCAAACGGAGGCCUGUGAUCACGGAAGAUUUCAGCCACUUGCCGCCAGAGCAGAGAAGGAAAAAGCUGCAGCAGAAGAUCGAGGAGAGGAACCGGGAGCUGCAGAAGGAAAUCAACCAGAGAGAUGCCUUAAACAAGAUGAAGGACGUGUACCAGAAGACGCCCCAUAUGGGCGUCCCUGCUAGCCUGGAGCCAAAGAUCUCUGAGACCCUCAGCAACAUCGAGAAGUUGCACCUAGAAAUCCAGAAGUACAAGUCGUGGCUGGCCGAAGCCAAGAGCCGAAUGCUGAGUAACCGGCCGGACAACACCCUGAGAUACAGCCGCCACCUGGACCCCACCACCACCCUGAACAACAACGGCUCCCACGAGAAGGGCAGCCCUGAUGCCACCCACUCCAACGACAGCCAGGAUGCCCUGAACCAGCCGAUCUACACGGAGUUUGAUGAGGACUUCGAGGACCUGGCCUCGCCCAUCGGCACCUGUGUGGCCAUGUACCAGUUUGAAGGUUCCAGCGAGGGCACCAUCUCCAUGACGGAGGGGGAGGAGCUGAGCCUGAUGGAGGAGGACAAAGGCGAUGGCUGGACCUGGGUGCGGAGGAGCAAAGGCGGCGAGGGCUACGUGCCAACAUCCUACCUGCGGGUCACCCUGAACUGAGCAGAUCCUGUCUCCCCUCUGGUUCUGAGAAGUGGGUCUGGGGGUCGCUGUGCCGGAGCCCAUAGAAUGUAUUUCCACUGCAGCCUGGUGCCUUUUACACUUUA